CAGUGGGGCGGACAGCAGCGCAAAGAACGCCCGCGCUGCCCGCCCUGUGCGCUCGCAUCGGGCGCUGAGCCAAGGAAGAGGAGGACGCGUUUCACUUGUAAUUGGCGGCGGCUUCGCCGCUGCGGGCCCACCUGCUUUUUGUUUGUCGCUGCGGGCCCACGUGUCUGUUUUUUUGUUUUUUCUGUCGCCCGCGCGGGCGUUUUUUUCCGCGCGGGCGCCUCACAGCUCUCCCAGGGCGCCCCGCCCCCGCGUCGGAUCGCCUCGAUCCACGCCUAAGUACGGAGCGUUCCCGAAAAAGAUCGGCAUACAUGAUUGUCAGUUUUCGGGCCUCCGCGCGGAUCUGGACCAGCGGUGGACACACCCCGCUGGCGCGCGCAGUGCGGCAGGUCCGGCGGCAGAGGCGGCGCCAGAGGAGUCCAGGGCCGAUCGCAGAAGUCCGUGCUGAACUCAGAGUUUCUGUUCACGCUUCUCUCCUCCUCUAUCCACUGGUCCUCUCUCGGCAGACCGCGGCACGGAAGCCGCUUCGCGCGGGCGUCGCUGGUACUGUCCAUCCGCUGCCCCGGUCCCUGCUGUUUUCGGAAGCGGACAGGGCCGCCUGGCUGGAUGAGGGUUGUGGCACGGGUCGCUUGGCGAGCUCCUCCUGCGAUCAGCGCCCCCGCCACAGGCGGGGCAUGGCAUCCACUCUCCUCCACGUCCUCCUCCUCCUCUUCCACGCCCUCCUCCGAUCUCUCCCCCCUUCCCCCUCUCUCGCCUCGUCAUCGGCGACGACGGCGUCGAGUCGAUCCGUCGCCCUCGCCGCCUCGACACCUGUCUGCGCACUCCAGUUGGUCGCCGGUCCCGGCGCGAGCGAGCUGCGCGCGGGCCGGGCCCGGCGGCGCCGAGAGGCCGAGAAAGCUUGGUGAGGUGGCGGCGCGGAGGGAGGGAGUCA